UGUGUGUGUGUGUGUGUGUGUGUGCGUGUGCGUGUGCGUGCGCGCGCGUGUGUGUGUGUGAAAUGAGGAACGUCCCUGCAGUCAGUCUGAGACUGGCGAGAAGGAGUUAACAUCCCAGGUUUCCAGAUUCACGCAGAAAAGCUGCAACGUUCAGAGGAGCUCUGAUUUUGGAUUCAGAUCAUGGAAACCUCUCACCUGGAACUGUUCUGUGCAUUUUAAAUCUUUAUUUAUUUUUUCUUUCAAACAAUUGGCUAUUUAUUCCUGCCUGUUUCAGAUGUAGCCAAAGCUUUUCAAGAGCUAGCAGCAGUGAGAAUACCACAAAUGAGCCUUUUUUGUUCCAAAUGAGAAUUUGUAAGCUUUGGAGUUGAUCCGAUGAAUCACUGAGUCGAUUCAUCAGUCAUGUCAGGAAAGAUGCUUUGUUCUUAUACCUCACACCUGAUGUUAUUAGCUGCGCUGUGCAGCCUUCUAAGCUUGAGUUCGCUUGCUGCCUGGCCGGGAGCUUCUGGAAGUAAACCAAAGGAUCAGUUGGAUCCAAACGUGAGAGACUGGGGAGACUACUCAGAUCUCCCUGCUGGGAUCCAACAUGGACUGGGACUGGAAGAGGACAGAGAACGUGAAGACAAGAGGGGCGCUGGAGGAUCUUCAUCAAACUUGGCUCCAGAACUGGAUUUUUUGGCCGACUUUGCAGGUAAAAGGCGUCUGUGGGUGAUAACAGCUUCAUCACACAACGAUCACUACCUUCAGAUGAUGGAGAAACAGUUAGAAGAUGUGGAGCAGAAAGGGCUGAACUGUGGCCUGGCGGAAAGAGACACCUUCAUCAUAACAAUCAUCCAGAACGCCAUGAUGGAAGGCCGCAUUCAGAAAAGCACUUUUCAAGGAGACGCCACAGUGGAGAGCUUGGACCCGGACACAGUCACCAAACUGCUGCACUAUCUGGAUCUUACCAGCCCAGAUCAAACCUUCACCAUGCUGGUUAUGAAGAAGAACCUUCAUGUCACGGAGCGUUUCCCCUAUCCAGUUCGAGUUGAUGCCAUUUUUGAUUUGAUCGAUCAGUUCCCUGUGAGGAAGCUGGAGAAGAUGACCAGAAAAGGAUCUAACUUGAGGUGUAAAACAACCAAGAAGAAGGUUGUUGCCAAACGAAAAAAGAUCAUAAAGAAGAUGGUGCUGAGCCCCCAGAGUGAAGGAAAUGGGAACUCAUUCGUGGCUUCACAAAGGAAACCUCUGGACAAAAAAGCGGUGGUGAAGAGCAAAAUCCAGGACAUAUUGAACGGUCGGUCGAGGUUUGUGAUCCGUAAAGGGUCUGCUGAACCCACGAAGGGAAAGGAGCUAAGCAGGAACACCUGGGGAGGCUCUAAAGGAUCCAGUCCUCCAUCUGUUCCACAAAGUAACGAGGAUAAAAAUGCAGACAAGCCUCCUUUCAUAGAAGAAGGAAAGAAACAAAGCGGAGGCAUAAACAGCAAAGAUAAAAUUGAAGCAAACGAAAAGACUGAUUCUCACAACAAAGAGAACACCAAGAAAAAGGGCAAAGGAAAGAAAGGAAAGAAAGGGAAAGGACGAGGAAAAAAAUCAAACAGAGAAGUGAGUGAAGACGACAAAGCUGUCCUGGGGAUGUUUUUGGACAGUUUAAGAGGGUCCAGAAGGCUGAUGCUAAUCUCAACGCCGAGCAGAGAUGCAACGUUGUACAUCCAACAGACCGAGGAGAACAAGAAACAGCACUGUGAACUCGCUCUCAGGAAGAUUACUGUGGCAACGAUGGUUGGUGAAGGAAGUGCCGCAACGCUGACGCUGCAGCAUCAUCAGCUCGAGUCAGAGUCUUCCCUCAGCGACCAGUCAGAGCUGACCUCAGAUGCUCGUCUGAUACCUCUGUUGAGAGCAGAGCUCGGCUUGUCAUCUUCCGAUCUUUUUUCGAUGACGGUCACAGAUUAUGACAUUAAACAAAAAAGAGUUUUUGAGGCUCCUCCAUCAAGUCCAGCUUUGUUCGGUUACAUCGACAACUUUUCUUCAAGAUAUUCAGAGAAAGACAGAGAAAGGAAACGUCCUCCAGUCUGCUCCACAGAAGUUCAGGAGCCUGUGGUGGAAGAUUCACUGCUCAGAUUCAUUUCUAAAAGAAGACUGCUGCUGAUCUCUGCUCCCUCUGAGAAUGAUUACUCUUUCCAGCAGCAGAUUUCUGCUCUCAGUGGACAGGAGUGUAACCUUGGUAUUCGUCACUUUGCCAUGUUGAAACUGACUGGAACUGGUGAAAAAGCAUCCGGAACUGUUGAGCUUUUGCCUCUAAAUGGUCGUAGUCAGAGUGAGGUCGAGCCAUUGUCUCGCGACAUGGUCAACAACCUGAGAGAGCAGCUGAAGAUCAGCAAGGACUAUUUCAGUAUGCUGGUUGUGGAGAAGGACGGCGACGUCAAGGCGUGGUUCCCAUCACCCCUGUGGUCCCUGGAUAACAUCUACGACCUGGUGGACUCGUUGGAGCUCCGCCUCCAGGAGGCAAAGCUCCAGGAGAGACUGGGGAUCCACUGCCCUGAGGACCGGGGAAGAGGAGGAGGCAGAGAGGAGGGCCACUAUCGGGGGUAUGAUGAAGACAGAGCAGAAGAGACACACAUGUUUAACAGAUGAAGUUCAUGCAUCUGUUGGGCAGAACAGUUAAAAGGCUAGACAUUAUGUAGAAAUGGAAAUAAAGCAAAAAAACAAUGGAAUGCUUUAAAAGAAAAACAUGAAAGCGUGUGCACAAGUUUCAAUAAAACAGCU